AACCUACCUCUGUACUUUGGGCGCGCAGCUUCAGCAUGCACUUGAUGCUAGACACCAUGGUUGGUCGCGAUGCGUACUAUUGGGGCGAAGCGACGUCGACGAUCGACUGGUGCGAGGAAAACUAUGUGAUGUGCAAGUACAUUGCCGAGUUCUGGAACACGACAACCAACAUUGCGUUCUUGGGACUGGCGCUGUUUGGCAUGCACAAGGUGCGGGCAACAGGGCAGGAGAACCGGUUCCUGCUCUGCUACUUGGGCAUGUUGGUUGUCGGCAUGGGGUCGUGGCUGUUCCAUAUGACCCUCCAGUACCAGUGGCAGCUGGCCGACGAGCUCCCUAUGGUGUACUGCACAUGCGUGUGCAUAUAUUGUGUGCUGCAGGCGAACGUCAAGGCGGGCAAUGACCUGGUUGUGUCGCUGGCGCUGUUUGGAUACUCUGCGAUGGUGACGCUGGUGUACCUGCAGAACCGCAACCCGGUGUUUCACCAGGUGGCAUACGCGAUUGAGGUGGCGGUGAUUCUUGUGCGCAGCACAUUCUACCAGAUGGAGAUCCGCAAGACGAAUGUACGGGCAUACACGGAAAUGCGGCAUCUGUUCCUGCUGGGCGCGGGCUCGUUUGGCAUGGCAUUUGUGCUGUGGAACAUCGACAACGUCUGGUGCGGAACCUUGCGCGAGCUGCGCGGGUGGGUGCAUCCGGUGCUGGCGCCGUUCUUCCAGCUCCACGCGUACUGGCACAUUGGCACGGCCCUGGGGUGCUAUGCCAGCAUUGUGUACCAGCAGUAUUUGCGGCUGGUGAUGCUGGGCACGGUCGACCAGUACCGGGCAACGCGGAUGCUGGGGUUCAUUCCGUACCUUGAGCGGGCUCCCACGACCAAGACUGCAUAGACCUUGCAUGUUUAAUUACUUUUUUUUUUUUUGCAGCCAUAGCAAAUAGUUCUGUCCAUC